AUGCGUUUCGAGCAUGCUCUUAUUGGCGCGGCCUUGUCCAGCCUUGGCGCUAGUCAGACCUUGAACAUCCCGACUAGGGUUGGAUCGAUUGUGUCUCUUGCAUCUCCCAGCGUCAUCUCUGGUUCGAAAGACAUGGGAAAUAAGGAAUACGACCGUGGCCGUGCCUGCAACACAGAUGAUGACACCGGUAGCGACAAUGCCGUCUUCAUUCUCGAGGACGGCGCAACUUUGAGCAAUGUCAUCAUUGGAAUCAAUCAGCUGGAGGGAGUCCACUGCAAGGCUUCGUGUACUCUAAAAAACGUAUGGUUCCGCGAUGUCUGCGAAGAUGCUAUUUCGGCUCUGGGCACAGGUUCGGUAUUGAUUGACGGUGGAGGUGCACAGGAAGCUAAGGACAAGGUCGUCCAACACAAUGGCCGCGGUACAGUCACGAUCAAGAACUAUACUGUCGUCAACGCGGGCAAGCUCUACCGCGGCUGCGGUGACUGCACCAACAACGGCGGACCUCGCAACGUUGUUAUCCAGAACGUCAAAGCCAAGGGCGUCUCCAACCUGGUUGGAAUUAAUUCGAACUACGGAGAUACAGCUAAUAUCUCUGGAAGUUGCGGAUCCAGCGUGUCGAAGGUCUGCCAGGAGUUCAAGGGUGUCGAGAAGGGAAAUGGCGACAGCACCAAGGUUUCCACGACCGCGAACUGCAAGGGACAGACGACCUUGUCGGCCUGCUAAGUAUUUCGAAAUAAGUGCAAUAGUCAGGGAUUGAUGUGUCUUAGUUAGUUGACUGACCCGCAUAGUCAGUCAUUGAAUGAAAUGUCUUUUGAUAAAAAGGCUC